GACGCUGGCACGUAAGAGGACAUCCGGCCGGGCUCCGAAUGUCCGAAGCCUGUCCUGUCUGUGGGUGUUAGUGGCUCUGUCGCUGGAGGGCUGGCUCGCGGAUUGGAUUUCCUGCGGUCGCGAGCCGGCCUCACGCCGCUCCCUGUCCCUCCGUCCCGGGAGCGAUCCCGGCCUCCCCGCUAGGCCGAGCCUGGUCGGCCCGGCGCGCGCUCGAGGAGGGAAAAAUGCCCAAAAAAAAGACUGGUGCGAGGAAAAAGGCCGAAAACCGCCGGGAGCGUGAAAAACAACUAAGAGCCUCCAGAAGCACUGUAGAUUUAGCUAAACACCCGUGUAAUGCUUCCAUGGAAUGUGACAAGUGUCAGAGACGGCAGAAGAAUAGAGCAUUUUGCUACUUUUGUAAUUCUGUACAGAAGCUGCCAAUUUGUGCACAGUGUGGGAAAACAAAAUGCAUGAUGAAAUCUUCUGAUUGUGUCAUAAAGCAUGCUGGUGUGUAUAGUACUGGCCUUGCAAUGGUGGGUGCAAUAUGUGACUUCUGUGAAGCUUGGGUGUGCCAUGGAAGGAAAUGUCUCAGUACACAUGCCUGUGCCUGCCCUCUUACUGACGCUGAGUGUGUUGAGUGUGAACGAGGUGUAUGGGAUCAUGGAGGCAGAAUAUUCAGUUGCUCUUUUUGCCAUAAUUUUCUCUGUGAAGAUGAUCAAUUUGAACAUCAAGCCAGCUGCCAGGUUUUAGAGGCAGAAACAUUUAAAUGUGUUUCAUGCAAUCGGCUUGGUCAGCAUUCAUGUCUCCGUUGUAAGGCUUGUUUCUGUGAUGAUCAUACAAGGAGCAAAGUGUUUAAGCAAGAAAAAGGAAAGCAACCUCCUUGUCCUAAAUGUGGACAUGAAACUCAGGAGACCAAGGAUCUCAGCAUGUCAACACGCUCCUUGAAAUUUGGCAGGCAGGCUGGAGGUGAAGAGGGCGAUGGAGCUUCUGGGUAUGAUGCUUAUUGGAAGAACCUUUCAUCUGACAAAUAUGGGGAGAGUGGCUACCAUGAUGAGGAGGAGGAUGAGUACGAAGCAGAGGAUGAUGAGGAGGAAGAAUAUGAAGGUGGAAAGGAUUCAGAUGCUGAGUCAUCAGAUUUGUUUACAAAUUUGAAUUUAGGAAGGACUUAUGCCAGCGGUUAUGCUCAUUAUGAGGAGCAAGAGAACUAGGAGAGCUGCUUGCCCUUGGUGACCUUGUGUGAGAGAAGCAGGAAUGUGUGUGUGCUUGAUGAAUCGUGUGCAGAUAUUCAAAGUACUAGCAUUUGGCCUUGGGCAAAAGACUAGUCACAUUUACUGGGCCAACUUGUGGGGCAUAGCAUUUUUAUAGGAAUUAAUAAUCAGGCUUAUAGCAUAAAAAAUAAGGUUCAAAUGUAAGAUGUUUAUUGAUUCAAGCAAAUGAGGCAUCAUGAAUUAGAUUAUUACUGGUCUCUGUAAUCUAGUAGGCUUGCCAAUUAGAUCCCUAUAUAUAGGAUAAAGGAAUAGGUAAUAUAUUUAUUUGAAAUUAAAUUACUGUUUUUAUUAAAACACUGCUUAUAAAUUCACUGUAUCUGAUUUUAUAAAAUGUAGUCGUGGAUAAAAUGAAUUACUGUAUUUUUGCUUUUAGGUCUGUCCAGAAAAUGAAUAUGCUAUAAUCUAAAUUUUCAUUAAAUAUUAUGUUAUCUUAAGUAGUCACAGUAUUUGUUUUAGCAACUGACUCAGUCCAUCUCUUCACAGUACAUGUCCUGAACAGUACCUAUUACUAAUGCCUAAAUGUAUUGACAAAGGUGACUGCUCACCAUUUUUAGAGACAUAAUGAAGUGCCAUCAUUACAGAUGUGUUGCUCAGGAAAUUUAUUUUUUUAAUAAAUUAGUGUUUCACUUAUAUAUACCUUUGAACAUUUAUUCUCAAUUUUUUUACUUAUUUUGGAAAACAUUUCAGUAUUUUUGGUAAACUGCUUUAUUGUUUGUCAAAUAUAGAAAUAGAUAGCAGUGGGUUAUUACAUGGUAGACACAAGGAUAUGCAGCACAACCCGAUGUUUGAUGGUAGGUGGAGAAUGGACAGCCCUUGCACAAGUUCCAGUUGUUAUAACUUUACAUUGACCAGGAAUUGAAGUGGUAUAGUGAUAGAAAGGGAUGCAUUAUCUGAUUGGCAUUUUAGAUGUAAGGAGAAAAUUGUAAGUGAUGAUACCAGGGAUAGAUGGUCAUUGCUGUACCAUUUCUUGUUCAGUAGAGAAAAUGAAGAGCUGAAGGCCAAAACAUGCAAUGGGAAGCCAGGUCUGAAACCUAUAGCAACUCUAGUUGCAUAUUAAAAAAAAAAAAAAAACACACAAC